AUUGCUUUAUUCUGAGUUAAUACGGCUGAUUAAUAACCAAUAAGGUUAAGAAUCUUUAAUCUCUAGUUACUCAGGACCAAUAGAUAUGUAUUCAAUAUGUGGACCGUGUGAACAGGAAUCAAAUCAAAACAACUACUGUCCCGUAAUGUACGAUACAAGAUGAAAACCUGCGUUGUGUAGAACUGUAAAGAAUAUACUUUGUAAAGAAUGUACUUUCAUUAUCGGUCCAUUUUGCGCUCGAGUAUCGGAGUAAGAAGAUCUUUAUGUAAAACUGAAGGAUUUCAAAAACGUACUUAACUUUUUUAUGCAAAUCUUGGAACUAUAAUAUUCAUGUUAUCAUGAUUCUAUGUUGAUAUACAAGCUUCAAAACAGCAACAAUUAUGGAACAAGGUUUCCAAAAGGUUCCGGCGCUUCGUGGCCGACCUACAGACGAUGACACAGAAGAACUCCUUGACCUCAUUCGAAACCAGGAAAAAGACGUGGAUCCCGAUGUGACGUUUGAAAACAUCAUGUUGAAGAAAGCUUGUCUAAAGCCUCUACAGGACGUUCCACUUCCUUCGAUUACGCAAAACGAGACUGUCUUCACAAGAAAAAAGUCCAAAAGCUUCCCUGGACAUUGGUCUAGCUCUAGUUACAAUACAUGGAAAAAUACUGAAUUGGUCGAGAAAGAUUACGGAAGACGAAAACGUAGUGAUCCUCGUUUCUAUGAGAAAACACUUUUAUUUGACAGUGGAAAAGAUUGUGUGAAAAGUCCCAGGCAAAUGAGACUGCGAACUUGGUCGUUACCGCCUCUGGGGUUUGCGGUCGAUGAAGAAUUCCAAAGACCUCAGUGUCCCACACCAUCACGCCAGGCGGGGUGUAAGGGGAAGAGAUGGGAGGAGAUGGGAGGAGGAGGA